UCAUGCGGGAGCGAAAACACCGUCGCCAUCUUUGUUUUUCACCUGUAGUUCGCCCUGGGGGUUCGUCGAGGGAAACUCUUAUUUUUUUUGUUACAGGAGCGCCGCUAUGUGACGGACCACCAUGUCGUACAGCGGCUCGUGUGUGCUGGGUCUGGGCUGGACUCUCAUCGUGCUGGGCUCCCUCAGCGUCAUCCUGGGGAUCUCUGCCACCGCUGCGUUCGUCCCGGAUAAUCCAUACUUCACCUUCCAUAAGAUCGGCGCGCCGAUAUGGAGCGGAAUUCUCGUCAUCAUUACUGGCAUUGUCGGGGUGUUCAGUGGCAAAAGUCCUACAAACAAAGGCUUGAUGGCGGCGUUCUUACCACUCAGUAUCUUCGUGAUCCUGGUGUGUUUUGCCUGUUGGGCCGUGUCCGCCGCCGGGAUAGCCGUGGAUGGGAUCUCGUGCGUGGACUGCGCCGCCAUGCGGGCUCUCCACGGCGUCAACCUGCUGCUGGGCUUCACGGAGAUGGUUCUGGGCUUCGUCACCUCCAUCAUGAGUUGCGUCGGCAUGUGCUCUUCUAACAACGUUCAGCCGGUACGUGCGGCACUAAGCUUUUCGUGUUUAAACGGUUUAAUCAUGGUUGACAAUACCCUGAGAACGAGACCUACACCCCGAAAGUUGACUGUGAUCUACCACACGGCAGCUCCACUUCAGACGGCUGGAGGAAUGAUCAUCAUGCAGAACACAGCCGGAGCCUAUGGUGCCUACCCCAUGCACACAUCCGGGGUGACCUAUGUUGGCGGAGGCGUCCAACAACCGGUUGUUUUCCAGCCUCAACCAACGGGACCCCCGCCCGCCUACUCCUAUGUCACCGGACCCGUCAACCCUGCCAUGGUGGUCCACUCACAGGCACACGUCUGA